GUAAUUUACAAAACCCUACAGGUAUAUAAUAUGUUACAUUGCUCAUGGAUCAUUUGUUGUGAUGUUUUAGAUGCUCUAUUCAUACCCUAGGACUUCCUCGACCCUUCAAAUUCCUAUUCCCAUUCCCCCUUGAACUUGCAAACUACAACGAUAAGCCACACAAUGGGAGAUUCAUCAGGUGCAGAUUAUAAACCGGAAUGGCUCGAGCUUGAAAAGUCCCUCGGUACACGUCCUCUUCUCGUAGGUGAUCCAGCCAACAUCGAAGAGCAAUUCAACCGCCUACUCGCAGCGCUCGACGCUGAGAGACCCCCUCCCGAUUCCUCAGUCCAGACUCGUGAUACUUCCGCAGACGGCGUUCCGGUUCGUAUAUACACGCCUUCAAACGCCCCUCAGAAUGGGAACCUUCCCCUAGGAGUAUAUUUUCACGGAGGUGGAUAUUGUGUUGGAAGCCUCGAUUCUGAAGAUGUAUGGUGUCGAUAUAUUGCAAAGAGUGUUCCGUGUGUGCUCGUGAGUGUUGAUUAUAGGUUGGGUCCGAAAUACAAGGUUCCGACUAUGUUGGAUGAUUGCGUGAAGGCUUUUGAAUGGUCCUACAAACACGCCUCGGAACUCCACGCCUCCCAAUCCCAACUCUUCACCAUUGGCAGCUCCGCCGGUGGCGGUCUAGCUCUUACCGUAGCACACGACCUCAUCGGCGCAGGUAAAAAAUCACAAAUCAAAGGCAUCGUGGCCAUGGUCCCCGUAACCGCACACCCAUCUUCUAUUCCCGCAGCCUACAAAAAUCACUACAAAUCCUACGAUGAGAAUGCGCACGACGUGCCCAUUAUAGAUUUAGAUACGAUGAAUACGUUUUUCGGAGCCGUGGAUGCGGAUCCGCUGGACCCGAGAGUUUUUGUGACGCUCUCGAGUCAUUUGGAUGAGUUUCCUCCGACUUAUAUCGCUACGUGUGGAAAGGAUCCGUUGCGGGAUGAUGGUCAGGUGUUGGAAAUGAUGUUGAAGGAUAAGGGUGUCACGACAAAGAGUGAUUAUUAUGAAGGGGUACCGCAUUACUUUUGGCUUUUUCCCGGUAUUAAGGGUGGAGAUGAAUUUUUGGAUAAUGUUAGUAAAGGGGUGAAGUUUGUUCUGGGUAUCUAGGUCAAGAGAUGUCCUAUCUGUUGAAGGGUUUGCAUUUGCUCACGGAGUAUUCGUCUGAUGAUGGUAGCUAGGAUUGUGUUAUAGUUUUUAUUUUGUCUAGUUUCCAAGCCUUGAAAAGGAAACCCACGAGACUAAAUCAUGCAAAUAAAUCUA